GAGCACCCUCCCGAGGGGGGAGCUGAUAUCCGGCGGCUCCUCUUAGGGCGAACCCAGCCAGCGGCAUCCCAGGGACUCUGCAGAAUGACCUAGAGGAGGUGUUUUAAGCAGGCGAGCUGGGCUUGCUGCAGGACCCUGACUACCAGGCACUGUUACAGUUAGUGAAGGGGUCUCUCUCUGUUCCUGAAGGAGGGGGCCAUGGCCUCCAUGCUGCUGGCCCGGCGGCUGGUCUGCAGCUUCCAGGCCAACCACCGCCUGCUCGUGCCCGGAUCCAGACACAUCAGUCAAGCUGCAGCCAAAGUUGAUGUUGAAUUUGAUUAUGAUGGGCCUCUGAUGAAGACAGAAGUCCCAGGACCUAGAUCUCGGGAGUUAAUGAAACAGCUGAAUAUAAUUCAGAAUGCAGAAGCUGUUCAUUUUUUCUGCAAUUAUGAAGAGAGCCGAGGCAAUUACCUGGUUGAUGUGGAUGGCAACCGAAUGCUGGAUCUUUAUUCCCAGAUCUCCUCUGUUCCCAUAGGUUACAGCCAUCCUGCCCUGGCAAAGCUCGUCCAGCAGUCUCAAAAUGUGAGCAUGUUCAUCAACAGACCUGCCCUCGGAAUCCUGCCUCCAGAGAACUUCGUGGAGAAGCUCCGGGAGUCCUUGCUCUCAGUGGCUCCCAAAGGGAUGUCCCAGCUCAUCACCAUGGCCUGCGGCUCCUGCUCCAAUGAAAACGCCUUUAAGACCAUCUUCAUGUGGUACCGGAGCAAGGAAAGAGGGCAAAGGGGUUUCUCAAAAGAGGAGCUGGAGACCUGCAUGAUUAACCAGGCCCCCGGCUGCCCCGACUACAGCAUCCUCUCCUUCAUGGGCGCAUUCCACGGGAGGACCAUGGGUUGCUUAGCGACCACACACUCCAAAGCCAUUCACAAGAUCGACAUCCCUUCCUUCGACUGGCCCAUUGCACCAUUCCCACGGCUGAAGUAUCCUCUGGAGGAGUUUGUGAAAGAGAACCAACAAGAAGAGGCCCGCUGUCUAGAGGAGGUGGAGGAUCUGAUCGUGAAAUACCGGAAAAAGAAGAAGACAGUGGCUGGGAUUAUUGUGGAGCCCAUCCAGUCUGAGGGUGGAGACAACCAUGCGUCAGACGACUUCUUUCGGAAACUGAGAGACAUCGCCAGGAAGCACGGCUGUGCCUUCUUGGUCGAUGAAGUCCAGACUGGAGGGGGCUGCACCGGCAAGUUCUGGGCCCAUGAGCACUGGGGCUUGGAUGACCCAGCAGAUGUCAUGACCUUUAGCAAGAAGAUGAUGACCGGGGGCUUCUUCCACAAGGAGGAGUUCAGACCCAACGCUCCUUACCGGAUCUUCAACACCUGGCUGGGGGACCCAUCCAAGAACCUGCUGCUGGCCGAGGUCAUCAGUGUCAUCAAGCGGGAGGAUCUGCUGACUAACGCAGCCCAUGCUGGGAAGGCCCUGCUCACAGGGCUGCUGGACCUCCAGGCCCGGUACCCCCAGUUCAUCAGCAGAGUGAGAGGACGAGGCACCUUUUGCUCCUUUGAUACUCCAGAUGAAUCUACACGGAAUAAACUCAUUUUAAUUGCCAGAAACAAAGGUGUGGUGUUGGGGGGCUGUGGCGACAAAUCCAUUCGCUUCCGUCCCACACUGGUCUUCAGGGAUCACCACGCUCACCUGUUCCUCAAUAUUUUCAGCGACAUCUUAGCAGACUUCAAGACUUUGCCCUUGGAGGAUCUCCCAGUGGCAUCACUGAUGGUUCGUACUCAUAUCCUCCAUUUCUCCAAACUCUCUCCUCCCUUUUAAAUGUCAGCCUAAACCUAUGUGGGAGGAAACUGCAGCCUGAGCGUCCAGGGGGACACAGUUGGGCCCAAGGGUCAGAAGCACAAGCCUGUCACCCUGGACAUCAGCCCAGGGUCUGGGGCAGCAGGGCCACUUCAUCCUGCCUCCCAGGGCGCCUUAGGGUCUGACCUUUGGGCCCCUUGCCAUGGGAGGCUCUUUCUCACUUUCGCUCAUCCCCCUUCACUCUACUUGUGAGCAGACCUGUGAACAGCAUGGCUGUUCUAUCACAGGGAGUCUUUGCUGGCCUCGAGUUCUUUUUUCGGGGGGACAGCGGACAGCUGGCUGGUACGGGGAUCAAACACUGGACCUUGGUGUUAUCAGAACCAUGCUCUGACCACUUAGAGAACUGGACAGCCCUGGGUUUCUUCUUGAGGGAAGCACCAUGAAUUAAAGACACCACUUGUGGAAAAGCA